AACGGUUACACGCCGCUGCACAUCGCGGCCAAAAAGAAUCAGAUGGACAUAGCCACCAGCCUGCUCGAGUAUGGCGCAGACGCCAACGCCGUGACCAGGCAAGGGAUCGCCUCUGUGCACCUGGCUGCCCAGGAGGGCCUCGUGGACAUGGUGUCCUUGCUCCUCUCCAGAAAUGCCAAUGUGAAUCUUAGCAAUAAGAGUGGCCUGACACCCCUCCACCUGGCCGCCCAAGAGGACAGGGUGAACGUGGCCGAGGUCCUGGUGAACCAGGGAGCAGCCAUCGAUGCCCCAACCAAGGUAGGGCCCGCCGCUCCCUGUGGCAAACAUCACUCAUCCCGCCACUGGAAAAGCAUCUGUGGAGCACAUGUCCCAUCACGCUCCCUGUGGGCGGCACCUCAGAUGUUCUCCAGGAUAACUUUUUGA